CCUCCCCCAGGAAUUUAACGCGUACACGACCACAUCAGGCUAACCUCAAUCCCUUACGUCCCAUUAUGAAAGUUCAAUUAGGUCUGGAGAUGUCUGGAUAUUUGCAUUGACUUGUUCGUCUUGCACCCUUCAACCAUUUCCAAAAGCAGUCCCUGGAGGACAGGCUAGUCGUCUCAUCACCUACAAUGCCUCUCCUUUCUUUUUUUCACGCCCUCGGCGUGCUUCCUCUCGCUCUCGCGCACAUGCAAAUGAUAGAUCCCUCACCCUUUCGCGAUCCCCACUCUAAGCGGGCAGAUGAGCCAAAAGACUACAACAUUCUGACCCCAUUACAUGCCGAUGGCAGCGACUUUGCUUGCAAGGGCUACCAGUUCAACACACCAUGGACGACAGUAGCGACAUAUCAGGCUGGAGGCACAUACCAGAUGACCCUCCAGGGAGGGGCUACGCAUGGCGGCGGCAGUUGCCAGCUCAGCUUGAGCUGUGAUGGUGGUUUCGAAUUCAAAGUCAUCAAAAGUAUCAUAGGUGGUUGUCCGUUGGAGGAUGAAUAUGACUUUGUAAUUCCACUGGAACUGGGAGACGUAGACGGGGCUACCUGUCUAUUCGCUUGGACGUGGUUCAACAAAAUCGGCAACCGUGAAAUGUACAUGAACUGUGCCGUCGUCGACAUUGUACCUGCCGGCUCCAAAUCUUCCCACAAAUCUAACGCGAAGUCGAGCUCGAAAAAGGUCGCUGUUCGAGAUAAUGCAAAGGCGAAUGCUGCCGCCCAAGCAGCUCUGGCGGCAUACCCGGAUCUUUUCGUCGCAAAUCUGGCUAGCAUCAACGACUGUGUGGCGAAGGAGACGUUUGAUGUUGUCUUCGAUGAUCCAGGCCCGGAUGUCGCAUUUGGAGAUAAUGUAACCGCGUCAGCUAAGCCUAGCUUCAAAGGAGGCGAAUGUACCGGAAAGGGAAGGAAGGACGCUGGUAGCGCAUCCUCUUCGUCUGCAAGCAUGUCGUCAAUGUCGAUGGGCUCGAGCAAGAGUGGGAACAGUGGUGCCUGGACUGAUCAAUCCUCGGGUACUGGGUCGUCAAAAGCCUCGGAUGGUCAGUGGCAUCCUGAGUUGUACGGGGGUACAAGCAAUCAGCAGGAGCAGCAGCAGCAGAGUACUAGCACGUCUGAUCAGUCAGAUUCAGGUGCAGAUCUUCAACCUGUUGAUGUUGAGGAGACAGGGAACAAGCCUGACCCUGCUGUGGAAAAGCAAUUAGAUGCGUAUCUGAAUAGUCUGUACACGGAUGGCGCAGCCAACGCGCAAAGAGAUGCUGUAGAUCAGACCUCCAACCAUGAACAGAACAGCUCGAAUGACGAACAGGAAGCUCCCGUCCCACAGCCAGAAGAAGAAUCGAGCGGAGAGCACAACCAGGACGAAUACGACGAUGCAUACUACUACAGCAACAUCUACUCCCGCCUACGCGCGUCACGCCAGCAACGAUGGGAUUCGUACAAGGCAGCAUCAGCAAGUUCUACCGCGAAUGGAACAGUUGAUAACGAAGCGAUGCAGCCCGAUCCCGAGUUCGACGCAUUGAUUGCCAGGCUGAACGACCUGGGCAGCACCGUCUUUACGCUAGUAAAGUUCGCUUCACAGUUUCUCGAUCGCUCUCCUACUCCUCCGAAUGAGGGCGAUUCCGUAAACGAUGGCACAUCGCCAGUCAGUGAACAAAGCUUCCCAGACCUGCGGAUGAGGCGGGCCAGCAAUGAAGAGCCACUGGACCAACCAACCGUCAACAGGAUUGUCAAGCAGCUGAACCGUAUUUUCCACGAGAUCCACACGACUGGCAACGAGUUCAUGGAUGGAGCCGGCCAAAACAUUGAUUCUGAACCUGACAACGACAAAUACUACACGGCGUUCGAUAAAUUAGAAGAUAUGCAGCGGAGGGUAGUCGAUCUGCUUGACUAUGCCGACAAUGUCACCCACUCAAAACGCGCAGUCGACGACAUGAACUUUGAUUCUGACACUGAGGAACGCGCGAACAGCAAGUCUCAAGUCGCCCAACCGGCUCUUCUCGAAGGCAUCACCAAGCCCCUGCUCCUGCUCAACGAGCAGAUGACCGAGUUACUGCACUAUGUCAAGAACAUCGCCGUGGCCGUUGAUAGGCCUUCGCGUAAACACAGACACAACAGCACCAGGCCCAUCGUUCGCAUUGGUAGCGCGAGGCCCUCUAGCACUCACGCUGGGGCCUGGAACAUGAUCAAACGCGCUGUCUCAAACAAACUUUGGAAACGGCAAGGCCCACCUGACAUGCCCUCUGAAGCAGGGCCGGAGCCAGAUGUGAUCAGCGAAGCAGGCGAUGGCGCCCCGAGCAGUAGCGCUGCGGAGGCCCUGUUCCCGAACUUGGGUGAGGAUGGAACGGAUUCCAGCCCGGAGCAGACGAUGGAUUGGUCCAGUCUUUACUCUCAUCUUGACGACGCGGAUUCCUCCACAGAUGCACAAUCUGCUGAUAAUUCUACUGUUCAAGGAGGUGCGGGAGAAGGAGCUAUUGGAGGCCAGGAACCAGGCGUGAACGCACAGGCUACGAGUGAGUCGAGUGAAGAUGCUGCGCCAGAAGAUACUACCCCGGGUGUAAACGCACAGGCUACCAGCGAGUCUAGUGAGAAUACUGAGACAGAGGAUAAGGGUGUGAAUGCUCAGGCUACCAGCGAGUCUAGUGAAGACGUUGCGCCAGAGGACACGCCUGUAAACGAAGAGUCUACGAGCGAUCCCGCUGAUGCCGUUGCGGGAGAAGACAAGGGCGUCAACGCACAGGGUACGAGCGAGUCCAGUGAAGAGGUUACACCAGAGGAAACGGGUGUCGACGCACAGGAUACUAGUGAGACCAGCGAAGAUGUUGCACCCGAGGACGCUCCAACGAACGCACCAGCGGGAGAAGAUAAAGGCGUAAAUGCACAGGCUACUAGUGAGUCUAGUGAAGAUGUUGCGCCCGAGGACACUCCAGUCAACACACAGUCUACGAACCAGCCCGCUGGCGUGGUUGCAGGAGGACCACUCAAACCAGCCACAGUAGCCACCACAUUCAAUGCGGUCACGCCUGACCAGGUCUUGAACGAGCUUGCUAAUCCUGAGCCUGCUCCUAUCACUCAGCCUGUGUCUGCUGAGGACAUCGACGAUAGCACCUCCAGCGGAUUUGAGGCUCAAGCGGCCGAAGAACCUAGUGAAGCGGAUUUCGAGCCUGUUCAGCCUGCUCAGCCUGCUCAGCCUGCUCAGCCUGCUCAACCCAUUCAACCCAUUCAACCCGCUCAACCUGUUACAGCAGAGUCUGCGCAGGGUUUCCGAGGACAAGAGGCCAGUGCACCGCCAGUCGCUCAACCUGUUCCAUUAAACGCACCACAGUCUGCGCCGGCCAUUAAUAACGCACCACACGCUGGUAACACGCUCGGGGACGCUCUGAAACAAGCAUUCCCACACCUUGCCUCGCAACAGAGCGGACAGUCUGCUGCGGCAGCCGAAGAUGACGGGUGGACCGAUGGCAUCCUUCCUGGCCUUCGGGCCGCCAAACCUUUGGACGCAUUGGCCUCCAAGCUCAAGGCCAGUUCCAAGGCCAGCCCCAAGGCUGAUCCCAAAGCCAAUCCUCAAGAAGGCGCUGUAGACGCUGCAGCCUUGAUGCCAUUACUCAUGGGUCCAGGUCCCGUCGUCCCAUCAGGCGUGAGCCUCGACUGGCCCACUCCCUCAAGUUCAGUCAACAAUCUGGAAAAAACGCCGCAACUCAUCAACGAUCUGGGGCCAAGUGCGGAUGAGGAUAUUCUCAAGUUCUUUGCAGAUCUCAAAAAGUACGCCGAGGGUGAAAAUGAGAACCCGCCUGAUGUUGUCAAGCGUCAGGAAUCGAAGCAGCUGCCUGCCCGUCAGGUCGCCGUGCCCGACCUUCCCACUACUGACGAGCUCCCAACCCCAUCGGCAAUUAUCCCAGAUGUUAUUAUACCCACCGACGUCUCAGUGUCUUCAGAUUCUGCCUCCAUAUCCGCCACGCCCACACCCGUCUCAGUAUCUUCAGACUCUGUCUCUGCCUCACUGCCCACCGCCGUCUCAGUAUCUUCCGAUUCUGCCUCUGCCUCCGCCACACCCACCUCCGCCGCUGUUCCAACCGCCCUCAACCCCAAACAAGUCUGCAUUGAUAAGAGACGCGGUGUUCAAGCUACUAUCACCAAUUGGCAAAAGGAACUCGCCGUCCCUUGUGGCAACCCAUCAACCUUCGCGCGUUACGUGGAUCCGAUCUUCCUCGCCCCCUUUCUUUCGCUCCUGCGAGCGUGUAAUACCAGGCAGAGCAAGCUUUCGCUGUCGAUAAAGCAGUAUCAGACUGACUUGCUUAAGGAGUGCGGGGCUGUCUUGGGAGUAGCUACUGUGAAUGGAGCUCAGGUGCUUGGUGAUGGUGGAGUGGCAGCGUAGAAAUCAUGGGAUGGGGGGAAAAGGAAAGGAAAAGUUUGCAAUGGUUUCGUGAGCGGCGUUGCGCUCUAUGCGUUUUGUGAUUUUUCCCGUUCUUUGGUUGAUCUUGGAUGGAUGGAUGGGUGGAGGGAUUUCUGGGUAGCUUAACUUAAGCCUGACUGUUAUUAGCCUUAUGAUAGUAUUUUUUUGCAAGACUGCGUCGAAGUG